AACAGGGGAGUCUCACGUGCACGGGUGGCCUUCCUAAGAGCCUGGACGCUGGUCCCGGGGCCCCUACAUGCCCACGUGGUUCUGGCACCUGAGGGCGGGAACUGUGAGCCGCUGGUCAUAAAGUGGGCAUGAGGUCAGGGCUCAGGAAUGUCUCGGGCAGCUGGAGGAGCCCAGCAGCAGUGGCUCGGACCUCGGGCCUCCUGACCAGAUCAGAAGCCCACCAGCUAGCCCUCAUCCCCUGAUCCUGGUCUCCAGAGAAAUGAGUGGUGGGCAAAGGAUCUUUAAGGGACUUUUGCACUGGGUUUGUGGAUGGAUCUGGGCCUGGAGGGCUGGAUUUGGCGUGAGGGGCUGUGGCCUGCACGCCCUGUGCCCCGGAGAUCCUCCUCUGCCCACUGAGGAGCUGCCCAGGAGAGAUGGGGCUGACGCAGUGUCCCUCGGACCCAGCCUGGAACCACCAACUGUGGCCUCAAAUGCCAAGGCCACUGGCACACUCAAGAGGCCCACCAGCCUGAGCCGCCACGCCAGUGCUGCUGGCUUCCCGCUGUCUGGAGCCAGCACCUGGACGCUAGGCCGCAGCCACCGCAGCCCACUGGCAGCAGCCAGCCCGGCUGAGGUACCCAUCCAGGGGCCUGGUCCCGACUCCGUGGAGGACAUCUCCCACCUGCUGGCUGACGUGGCCCGCUUUGCCGAGGGCCUCGAGAAGCUGAAGGAGUGUGUUCUGCAUGAUGACCUCCUGGAGGCCCGCCGGCCACUGGCCCAUGAGUGCCUGGGUGAGGCCCUACGUGUGAUGUACCAGGUCAUGUCCAAGUACCCGCUGCUGAACACAGUGGAGACGCUUACAGCUGCUGGCACCCUUAUUGCCAAGACCAAAGCCUUCCAUUAUGAGUGCAACAACGAGUCUGACAAGCGGGAGUUUGAGAAGGCCUUGGAGACCAUUGCCGUGUCCUUCAGUAGCACUGUGUCUGAGUUCCUCAUGGGUGAAGUGGACAGUAGCAUCCUCCUGUCAGUGCCCCUUGGGGACCUGGGCCAGUCCGUGGAGAAUCUGUAUGGACAGGGGAGUGAGGGCGCCCCACCCGGCACCGACGACUGUGAUGUGGGCUGCCUGGCCCCGGAGGAGGUGGACAUGCUGCUGCAGCGCUGUGAGGGUGGCGUGGAUGCAGCGCUGCAGUACGCCAAGAACAUGGCCAAAUACAUGAAGGACCUCAUUGGCUACCUGGAGAAGCGGAUGGCCCUGGAGAUGGACUUUGCCAAAGGCCUGCAGAAGAUCGUGCACAACUGCAGACAGAACGUCAUGCAGGAGCCCCACAUGCCCCUCCUGUCCAUCUACUCGCUGGCACUGGAGCAGGACCUGGAGUUUGGCCACGGCAUGGUGCAGGCAGCGGGCACGCUGCAGACCCAGACCUUCAUGCAGCCUCUGAACCUGAGGCGGCUCGAGCACGAGAAGCGCAGAAAGGAGAUCAAGGAGGCUUGGCACCGCGCCCAGAGGAAGCUGCAAGAGGCGGAGUCCAACCUGCGUAAGGCCAAGCAGGGCUACGUUCAGCGCUGCGAGGACCACGACAAGGCCCGCUUCCUGGUGGCCAAGGCAGAGGAAGAGCAGGCAGGCACCGGGCCUGGGGCAGGGGGCGUGGCCUCCAAGACUCUGGACAAGCGGCGGCGCCUGGAGGAGGAGGCCAAGAACAAGGCGGAGGAAGCCAUGGCCACAUACCGCACAUGUGUGGCGGAUGCUAAGACACAGAAGCAGGAGCUGGAGGACACCAAGGUGACCGCACUCCGGCAGAUCCAGGAGGUCAUCCGGCAGAGCGACCAGACCAUCAAGUCUGCCACCAUCUCCUACUACCAGAUGAUGCACAUGCAGACGGCCCCGCUGCCUGUGCUCUUCCAGAUGCUGUGCGAGAGCAGCAAGCUGUACGACCCGGGCCAGCAGUAUGCUUCCCACGUGCGCCAGCUGCAGCGCGGCGAGGAGCCCGAUGUGCACUAUGACUUUGAGCCCCACGUCUCCGCCAACGCCUGGUCCCCGGUCAUGCGCGCCCGGAAGGGCAGCUUCAAUGUGGGCGAUGCCACGGGGGCGGAGGCCGCAGGCAGCCCCCUGGAGGAAGGUGGGCCCAGCGAUGGGACUCUUGUCAAGGAGCGCAGGGGUGGGCGCGGACACCAGGUGCACAAAUCCUGGCCGAUCUCCAUCUCAGACUCCGAUGCCAGUCUGGACCCCAGCCCUGGCUCAGGGGACUUUAAGAAGUUCGAGCGGAUGUCGUCCAGUGGCACCAUGUCGUCCAGCGAGGAACUGGCAGACCAGGAAGGCAGUGCAGGGACGUCAGCCUUUGAGCAGGCUGACCUCAACGGCAUGGCCCCGGAGCUGCCAGUGGCCAUGCCCAGCGGGCCCUUCCGUCAUGUGGGGCUGUCUAAGGCAGCCCGUACCCACCGGCUCCGGAAGCUCCGCACACCGGCCAAGUGCCGGGAGUGCAACAGCUAUGUCUAUUUCCAGGGGGCCGAGUGCGAGGAGUGUUGCCUGGCCUGCCACAAGAAGUGCCUGGAGACCCUGGCCAUCCAGUGCGGCCACAAGAAGCUGCAAGGCCGCCUGCAGCUCUUCGGCCAGGACUUCAGCCAGGCUGCCCGCAGCGCCCCCGACAGCGUGCCCUUCAUCGUCAAGAAGUGCGUCUUCGAGAUUGAGCAGCGGGCACUGCGCACCAAGGGCAUCUACCGGGUCAAUGGGGUGAAGACACGUGUGGAGAAGCUGUGCCAGGCCUUCGAAAACGGCAAGGAGCUGGUGGAACUGUCGCAGGCUUCGCCACACGACAUCAGCAACGUCCUCAAACUCUACUUGCGUCAGCUGCCCGAGCCGCUCAUCUCCUUCCGCCUCUACCAUGAGCUUGUGGGGUUGGCCAAGGACAGCCUGAAGGCAGAAGCCGAGGCCAAGGCAGUGUCCCGAGGACAACUGGAUGCCACUGAGAGGGAGGCUGCAGCCGUGGCCAUGGCUGGCCGGCUGCGGGAACUCCUGCGGGACCUGCCAGCAGAGAACCGGGCAACACUGCGGUACCUGAUGCGGCACCUGCGCAGGAUCGUGGAGGUGGAGCAGGACAACAAGAUGACCUCGGGGAACCUGGGAAUCGUGUUUGGGCCCACGCUGCUGCGGCCCCGGCCCACGGAGGCCACUGUGUCCCUCUCCUCCCUGGUCGACUACCCCCACCAGGCCUGCAUCGUGGAGACCCUCAUCACCCACUACAGCCUGGUCUUCGAGGAGGAGCCUGAGGAGGCGCCCGGGGGCCAGGAUGGGAUGUCCAACCAGCGGGCCGAGGUGGUGGUCCAGGUGCCCUACCUGGAGACGAGUGGGGGCGUGGCCUUCCCCCUGGAGGAGGAGGCUGAGGACGGGGCCCUCGAAUCCCACAUCACCUCCAACGACUCUGACUCAGAGCUGGAGGAGGCCUUGGACCCGCAGUCCCCGGCGGCCAUCCUCGUGCAGCACCAGCUGAACUUCCUGGAGAAGCAGGGGAGCCAGGCCAGCGCCGAGGGUGGCCAGGGCAGCCGCAGUGGCAGUGAGGAGCAGCUGGACCCCGGGGAGGACGGAGACACACCCUGGAAGGGCCUUGGGGAGGACCCGGCCCAGCUGCUCUCUGAGUACAACACCAACCAGUGCAACAACGCGGCUGCGGCCCGGCUGCCGGCCAUGAGGCUCCGCGGCGGGCGGGUCGCAACAGGCACCGGCCCGGAGAGGCAGCCGGAGUUUGUCUAGCUGGGGUGCUGGGCCCGUCCCGCUCCUGUCCCGCACAUAGCCCUGGGCUCAGCCAAGCCAUCGCCUCACCAGAGGCCUCUUCUUCUGGCCCACAGUGGUGAGGGCAACACUGGAUAGCUUUCCCAGAAGCUUCUGCCCUGCAGCCCUCUGCACGCCCAGCAGGCCUGGCUCCCCAAGGGAGAGGAUUUGCUUUCAGGAGUUGCCCAGGGGCUGUGGUAGAGGGACCCCCUGAGCAGCCUCUGCCUGCCCUGGGCUGUGGAGGCCCGCAGUAGCCGGGAGGAGGACUGGAAACUUCUGCAGACAGCAGGCCUCAGUGGGCCCCGGACGUCCUGGCUUUUAUGGAAAACCACGUAGACACCUGGAGUUCAGGAACAUGUUGAGAUGACACACAGAAAACCGGGUUGGACACCUGGGCUUUGGGAACACGAUGUGCUUUGACGUCAACGUUUACUUUGCUUACAAUAAAGUCUUUAACCUGA